ACUCUAUUCUGGGAGGAGCCCAGGCUCGCAUGCAGACUGAAACCUAGUUCCUCUCUGGCAGGGUCUGACUCACCUGUCGGUUACAGUGUGUAACAGUCAGACAAGUUACAGUACCAGGCUGCUGUCACUUCAUGUAGCGUCACGAAUAUAUUCCAAUGUCCAUGUCAAUUGUUAGGAAAUCUGAGUUUCGGGCGGAUUGUUUAGCAACCCAGGCACUUCCCUCUCUUCUUCGGCUACUACGCUUGUAGCAACAGGCAUGCUACUAUAGAAGUAAACUGCAGAAGUGAACUUUAAGCAGAGUUAUAGUUGUUUUUCCACCCCUGUAUCAUCAUGGGUGACUCGGACGUGGUCGGGGCCUUGCCUCGCAGGAGAAGGGCGACUUUUGCGGCGGGGAGAGGUGCGAGUCUGCUGCCGAUGAACGGGAAGUCUGCGGCGGCGUGUCAGAGCCCAGUGACUGCUGACAUUAGCAGAGACAAUGGCCAGGGAAAACGUGACCGUUCACUGGAGACAGUCCGGUCUAAAUCAAAGAGUGAGAAAAAGAAACGCAGGAGUGACUUAAGUGACAGACUGGGCUGCCAUAAGACACAGGAGUCCCUGCUGAGUUCAGCCAGUGGUUACAAUAACUACAGAGGAAUCCUCAACUGGUGUGUGGUCAUGCUGGUGCUGAGUAAUGCUCGCCUCUUCUUAGAAAACCUGUUAAGGUACGGCAUUCUGGUGGACCCUAUUCAGGUGAUUUCCUUGUUUCUGAAUGAUCCCUACAGCUGGCCAGCAGCAUGCCUGGUGAUUGUGUCCAACGUGUCCAUUCUGGUGGCUCUCUACACAGAAAGGCAGCUGUCGAAGGGUUCAUUCAGCGAACUUGUUGGAUUUCUGGUCCAUUGCAUUAACAUGGCAAUCAUGCUAACAUUCCCUGCUGCUGUGGUCCUAUUGGUCCCCUCCAUGACCCCAGUUGGAGGUGCAUUCGUUCUUGGUACUUACACCAUCCUCUUCCUAAAGCUGUACUCCUAUAAGGACGUCAACAUGUGGUGCAGAGAGCUGAGCACUGUCAAGGCGAAGACACUGGCCAGGUCGCUGUCUUGUCCCUCAGCACAGCACUUCAAUGGAGGUGACCAUAAGGUGUGUUACCCUGGGAACCUCAGCAUGAGAGACAUGUAUUACUUUGUCUUUGCUCCGACUCUGUGCUACGAGCUCAACUUCCCUCGCUCUACUAAGAUUCGCAUGAGUUUCCUGCUGAGGAGACUGUUUGAGAUGCUGUUCUUCACCCAGAUGUUAGUUGGUCUCACUCAACAGUGGAUGAUUCCCAUCAUUCAAAGUUCCAUGAAACCACUAGAGGACAUGGAUCUGUCCAGGAUGACUGAGAGACUUCUAAGAUUAGCUGUUCCUAAUCACCUGCUGUGGCUGAUGUUUUUCUACUGGUUCUUCCACUCAUCUAUGAACUUCACCGCUGAGCUGCUGCGCUUUGGAGACAGACAGUUCUACAAGGACUGGUGGAACUCUGAGUCUGUGACAUAUUUCUGGCAGAACUGGAACAUCCCUGUACACAAGUGGUGUCUGCGCCACUUUUACAAGCCGCUGUUGAGGAGAGGAUUUAGUAAAAUAGUCAGCCAAUCAGCUGUCUUCUUGUUGUCGGCUUUCUUCCAUGAGUACUUGGUGAGUGUUCCUCUCAGGAUGUUCAGACUGUGGGCCUUCAUGGGCAUGAUGGCACAGCUUCCAUUAGCCUGGUUUGUUAGUCACUUCCUGCGUGGUAACUACGGCAACGCUGCAGUGUGGAUCUCAAUCAUCAUUGGUCAGCCAUUCGCCGUCCUGAUGUACGUCCAUGACUAUUACGUCCUGCACUACAGACAGGAGGCUGUCUGAUAUGCGCACACACACACACACACACACACACACACACACACAUAUAUAUAUAUAUAUAUAUAUAUAUAUAUAUAUAUAUAUAUAUAUCUACCAUCUUUGUCUCACUCUUUCUAGCUGUCACUCUUGUACACAAACAAACACAUCAGCGUCCAGUGGAGGUAACAGAUAUAGUACUUUACAUGUUAGGAUGAACUGAUUGCAUCAUGAUCAUAGCAUGUUUACAUUAGACACCUUGGCCAUUGUAAUAUCCUGCUGGGGAAAAAAAACAUUUCUUCAAGCUGGGAAAGGUAAGAAUAGCUAACAAGGGGAAAAUAUUUUUGACAUACUACUUUAACUUAAGGAGGAAGGCUUCACUUCUGUAUAAAGUAAUACAGUCAUGCAGCAUCUCACUCAGGUGAUUUUUCUUCCAGUGUCUUUUUAAAACCUCUGACGGCCAGUUUGGGCUGAAAUGUUUGCAGAAUGGAUAAACUAAUGUAUGUGGUACUGCAAAAACCCUUCCUUUGUUUUAUCAUAGAGGUUUUCCUCCUCCUCAGCUGUGUGCAUGGACAGUAUAAUGACUGUGGCUGAAUUUUAUUUUUAUCAUAUCAUUUUUAUAUUUUUGUCAAGUUGACAACACGAUUCAAGUGCCUUUUGUAAAAGUUAUGUAGCGAUUUAUGAUCCACUGUGUUUCCUUUUUACCUUUUUGUGAGCCAAAGGCACCUUAAUCUGUCUGAUUUUACUGUGAGAUGGAACAUCACUAGCAAAAAUGAAUGUAUGCUGGUAGGAUUUUAUUAAUGUACGAUUUUUAUUUUUCUAUGAUGUUUUACUUUGUCAGUUAGGAAAAGGCAGUGUUACUGUAUGUCUGGGUUUUUUUUCUUUUUACCUGAAGUGCCAUUACAGUAAUACAUCACAUAUCCAAUCACUCAUUUUGUGCAAAAUCACUGAAUUUGGUUUUUUUUGGUCAUGCUACUAUCUCAUUAGACGGCUGCCAAGUAACAGUGUCUAAUGAUGUGUCUUAAUACAAUGUGUGUUUCUGAAAAUAAACAUUCAGUUCAAUUUAA